AUAUUUAACACACCCACCCUCACUCUCACAUGCAGCAGACGGGAUCUGCGUCCCCGUGUCCCGCUUACACUCUACAGUCGUGUCUCCUGUUAAACCUCUGCCGUGUGUGUGUGUGUGUGUGUGUGUGCGCGCGCGCGCGCGUGGAGCAGAUGGGACAGAAGUGGAGGUUGGAUGAGACAGACGAGGACACUUACCGGGGACUUUCCAACUGAAGCACAUUUAAAUGUGGAGAGCUGCACUUUCUCCUCUUCAUGUUCUUCUUCUUCUUCUUCUUCUUCUUGCAGCUGAGGUUGUACGGUGACACCCAUGCGCGCGCUCGGACCUCCUGGACGCACGCGUUUCACUGAUCUUUUCCCCUCGCGCAUAUUGGAAUCUACUCCCUUGUUUGUGAAACAUCUGGAGCGCGACAGGAGCCCCGCGGAGAGGAGGAUGAUUCCUGCGCAAAGCGAGCGCUGACUCGAUCCCUGCUCUACCUGGACACUUGCGUGUGAUUCUGCGCCUCUGGAGGAAAGAAAACAAGCAGAAACCCGCGCGCACCGAGCGCUGAGCGGCUCUGAUGCUGAGAACACCAAAGCCGAACACUGAAUCCUUCCUCAAGACGGCAAGUGAAGAUGGUUCGUACGUGUUUAAUGUGUAUUUCGUCCGUGUGGCGUCCAGUCUGAUCAACAUCAUCAGCGAUGUAGUCAGCCUCUUCAUCUGCGUGCUCAUCAUCUGCAGCAAGUACUCGCAUCUGCUCAAGCGGGAGACCAUGAAGAUGAUCCUGCUGCGUAAGUUCCGCGUCCUGAUCCUCAUGGUGUUCCUCAUCGCCUGCUCCAUGCACAUCAUGAUAGACCUGCUGCCGAAGCUGGAGAGACACGGAGGCGGCGGAGGCGGCGGCGGCGGCUGCUCCUGCUCGAACACGCCGAGCGAGGAGCCCCAGAGCUGGGGGAAGCAGGGCUGGCCUAACAAGCACACGCUGCGGAUCCUCCAGGACUUCAGCAACGAGCCCAGCUCCAACGUUUCCUCCCACUCCCUGGAGAGGAUCCCGGGUGUUGGCGACAGAACGCAGGCGGUGAGAAGGCUGGAGCUGCAGCAGCAGCAGGGGCUGCGCGGUGACAGGAAGAGACAGUUCAUCCAGGACGCAGCUGUCACCAAGAACGUUCCCGUCAGAGGUUCAAGGUUGUUGUCGCUCUACGACCAUCCUUUAUAUAAAAGGUCUGUGCCUCCACUGACAGACGAGGACACGCUGUUCAACGUCAACACGGACAUCAGAUUUGACCCCAAAGCAGCAGAGGAUCAGUCAUGGACCGCAGAAGGCACCGUGGAUGAGUUCAGCCCCACAGGAGAGCUGACGGCCGAGUCUUAUCCAAACUGGCUCCGCUUCCACAUUGGGAUUAACCGAUACGAGCUGUACUCGCGACACAACCCGGUCAUCGAUGCCCUGCUCAAGGACCUGGUCAACCAGAGGAUCACCAGUGUGGCGAUGAAGUCUGGAGGAACUCAGCUGAAGCUCAUCAUGACCUUCCAGAACUACGGCCAGGCUCUGUUCAAACCCAUGAAACAAACACGGGAGCAGGAGACGCCGCCAGACUUCUUCUACUUCUCUGACUUUGAACGACACAACGCUGAGAUCGCUGCCUUCCACCUGGACAAGAUCCUGGACUUCCGCCGCGUCCCUCCCGUGGCCGGCAGGUUGGUCAACAUGACGAAGGAGAUCAGAGACGUCACGCGGGACAAAAAGCUGUGGAGGACGUUCUUCAUUUCACCAGCCAACAACGUGUGUUUCUAUGGCGAGUGUUCCUACUACUGCUCCACUGAACACGCUCUGUGUGGGAAACCGGACCAGAUCGAAGGAUCCCUCGCCGCCUUCCUCCCCGACCUGGCCCUCGCUAAACGCAAGACCUGGAGGAACCCGUGGAGACGCUCGUACCACAAGCGCAAGAAGGCCGAAUGGGAGGUCGACCCGGAUUAUUGUGAGGAAGUCAAACAGACUCCGCCUUACGACAGUGGGAGGAGACUUCUGGACGUCAUGGACAUGACCAUCUUUGACUUCCUCAUGGGAAACAUGGAUCGACAUCAUUAUGAGACGUUUGAAAAGUUUGGAAACGAGACUUUCAUCAUCCACCUGGACAACGGCCGCGGAUUUGGAAAACACUCCCAUGACGAGAUGUCCAUCCUGGUGCCACUGACUCAGUGCUGCAGGGUUAGGAAGUCUACACACUUGCGUCUGCAGCUGCUGGCGAAGGAAGAGUACAAGCUGUCCACACUCAUGGCAGAAUCCCUGGUGAGGGACCGACUCAGUCCCAUCCUCAUCCAGCCGCACCUGGACGCCAUGGACCGACGGCUACGCCAGGCGCUGAAAGUGCUGUCAGAGUGCAUUGACAAGGAGGGCUACGGUUACGUGGUGGAGGACGACCUCCAGCCCACGCGAGGGACAGACCACGCCCCCAGGAGGAGGUAGCUGUCUGCGGCCGCUGGCAGCUGGACUCAAGUGAAUUCUUGGCAGAUGGGAGAGACAGGACUGAGCCGGUCCAGACGUUUGCGUCUGAGCUUCACAGAGGACGCUCACCUGCCCGAGACAAAGAAAUAAGAAGACGCUGCCUGGAAGCGGACGCCUGCUGGAUCGGACUGGAACUGUGUUUUGUGUAGGGACUUAAAAUCUGCACCGAAUCUCAAGACGCAGGUGAUGUGACUUUUCUGGAGGAAUCUGGGACCAGGAACUGGACUAAACCACUGCACAAAAAUCACAUAGACUCCUUAGUGUAGGAUUAGUCUCACCACCACUGACCCACCACAGCAUUACCAAACCUGUCUCACAAGAGACGCCUUCUCUCUCUCCGUCUCUCUCGUGUCUCGUUCAGGGUCCCCUUUUUGAAUUCAGUGAAUUCAGAGGGAGACGUGUGAAGACUCACUCAUGUGUUUAUUCGUAUUUGUUAGUGACUCGAGUGUUUUUGGUUGAACGUCCGCCAUCGUGGUGGUGGAGGUGGAGGAGGAAGUGGAGACAUGACUUCCUGUUUUAAAAUGGUCUUUGUUCGUUUUGCUGCAGAAUGUUUUAUUGGUUAUUGUUGAUGUUUUUUUAAAUAAAUGUUUUUGUUUUUAAGCUCUUGUCAUCGAUGCACUGAAAAAGGAAUGCGGCCGACAAACUUAUACUUUGGUUGAUUAAGUUCAUUUAAAUGAACUUAACCAAUAAAAGUAUUAUUUUUAGGUGAUUUAAGUGUCGACCAUUUUCUUUUUUCAUUGUCAUCAAAGUGGAGAUUAUUUUUGAUUGGAGUGCAGGUUUACUCUUGGAUUUGAAUUUGGGUUUUUUUCUCCCCCACAAAUGUCUUUGAGAGGGUAUUUAUUAAAUAAAUGUAUUUAUUGUUUGCGAUGAAUACAACACACAUCACAGGUGUUGUACCUCUUCAUUUUGUCCACAAGAGGGCAAACUGAGCAUGUGCAAAAAUGCAGCUGCAACAAGGUCUGUUGGUGUUUUUCUCAAAGUCAAGGAUCCUGGUUCCAAAGAGACCAAAGCAUUCUGGGAAUGAGAAUUUAGGAGUGUAUUUCUUUAAUUCAACUUUAAUUAAGUUCACUUUCAGAGAAAACUCUCAGAAACGGAGAGUUUUUUCAACAAUAAAUAAGGAACAACUG